AUGGACAAAGUCCACCUGGAGAAGGUUAUGUCUUCCACCAACUCUGACAAUGUUAAGGCUGAGGUCGGACCUCCAGCUAUCUCUGUCUAUGAAGUAUCCGACACUGAAUCCGAAUCCAACGACCACGAGGCCUUCAAAUGGCUUGCCAUUAAUUAUCCUAGCCUCGGUAUGGAUGAUGUGGAAAGUGUAUACCUCUGCACACCGAUGCAGGAGGCUAUUCUGGUGAGCCAGACACAAGGCACGAAUGACUACAUCAUCCAAGCUUCAAUGGCUGUGCAUUCAUUGAAUGGAUAUCCAAUGGAUAUAAAGCGGCUGGAGAUGGCGUGGACCAGUAUCGUGCAGCAGUCGUCGAUCUUGCGUACUGUCUUUGUGCCAUCGACAUCAGGCAAAAGUUUGUUCUGGCAGGUCGUACUGAAGACAGUUGCGACAGAUAUUCGACAAAUCGACAAUGAAUCGCCUGAAUCCUUCUUUGCACAGCAGCCGGAGUGGGAAAACGGACGCAUUGCUCCUCACCGGCUGACGUGCUGCAAAACUCCCGACGGACCUGAUUAUGUCAAGGUUGAGCUGCAUCACGGUAUUGCGGACGCUGUCGCCAGCUUGACAAUUUUCCAAGAGCUUAUGCGCCUUUACGACAAUCCUCAAUCAGAGCUCCGUGGACCAUCAUUCCAUCAGUUUUUGCAACACCUCGACAAUACAUCGACGGAUGGCAAGCUCGAACACUGGAAAAACUUUCUGCACAAAGCACAGCCCUCCAUAUUUCCACGACUGCAAGUUGGUGAGCCCCCUCAACGGCCUGACAAGAGACAGAAGCUUGAUGUGACCCUCCCCCGUCAGGGCAUUUUUGGACUAGUCUCCAGCUCCCCUGUCAGCUUCUCUAUGUUCUUCCAUGCCGCUUGGUCUGUUCUACUACGCGCAUAUCUCGGCCGUGACGAUGUCAUGUUUGGCUAUAUCUCGUCUGGGCGUCACAAGGUUCCUCUUCCCAACGUAUCUGAAGCUCUUGGUCCUUACAUCAGCAUCAUGGUCAACAGAGCUCAAAUUGAAGGAUCCUCAACAUUAGUGCAACUUGCCAAUGAGCUGAAGAAGAACGUUUCCAACAAUCUUGCACAUGAGCACUGCUCUCUUGCAAGCAUUCAGCAGCAAAUGAAAUCAAAUGGAGGUCUGUUCAAUACCUUGGUAGACGUCCAAAGACGCCCCAAGCUCACGCAGACAUCCUCCGAAAUCUACCUCGACCUUGUACAUGUCCACACAGUCUCAGAGUAUGAUAUUGUGCUCAAUGUGGAGGACACCGGCAGCGAGUUGUUGGCCAAAUUUGACUAUGCAGCCAGACUGUUGAGCAAGCCAGACGUCGAAAACCUGGCGAGCUGUUUUCUCUCUAUCGUUGAUUUAUUCUUGAAGAGCCCUGAGGGUAGGAUCCACGAGAUGGAGCUCUCCAGUUCUCUUCAUCGAACUCAAAUCCUGGAAUGGAAUGGCUCUCCUCUCACUGUUGCUUCUGCCUGUGCCCAUGAUCUUAUAGAGGCUGAAGCUGCCCGUCACCCUGAUGCAGAGGCUCUAUGCUCCCUUGAAGUCUCGUUGACAUAUCAAGAGCUCAGCCACCUCAGUGAAAGACUGGCAAAAUAUUUAAUUUCUGCCGGUGCUGGACCAGGGAGUCUGAUUCCAUUUUGCAUGGAAAAAUCUCCCUGGGCGAUUGUCACGAUGCUUGCCAUUAUGAAAUGCGGUGCCGCCUUUGUCCCAGUUGAUCCGGCUGCUCCUCCAAGCCGCAUGAAUGGUAUUAUCUCGGACACAAAUGCUAAGUUAAUUGUUACCUCGCAUGCUGCAUUACCACCACUCGCAGAUAUUACGAAGGAACCACGGCUUGUUGUUGUGGACGAGGCCUUGUUGGGCACAGUGCAAACUGCACCAGAAUUGCUAUUCAAUCUCCCAAUCGUUGGAUGUCAAGAGGCAGCAUAUGUUCUCUUUACAUCGGGCUCUACUGGCAAACCCAAAGGAGUCGUAGUGCCCCACCAGUCGCUGUGCUCCAGUAUGUACCGCCACGGGCCAGCGCUGGGAAUAAAUCAGACGACUCGCUCGCUCCAAUUCUCCUCAUACACCUUCGAUGCGGUCAUCGCAGAGGUAUUAACGGUACUAUUGCAUGGUGGUACUGUCUGUGUGCCGUCGGAAGCCGAUCGCAUGAAUAACAUUGCUCACGCCAUUAACGAGAUGAGCGUCAAUUGGGCGAUGCUAAUGCCAACCUUUGUUCGACUCCUCGACCCAUCCUCAAUUAUGACCCUACGUACACUAGUGCUUGCCGGUGAAGCAGUCGAUAGGGAUUGUCUGGAUACUUGGAUUGGAAAGGUUAACCUAUUCAAUGGUUAUGGACCGACGGAGACAUGCGUCGUGUGUGUUGCUACGUGUUUCUCAGAAGAUCCAACCACAUCCCAUGACAUUAUAGGGAAGCCGGCAGGUUGCAGAGCCUGGAUUGUCAACCCGACAGAUCACAAUAUUCUUUGUCCAGUUGGUACAGUUGGAGAACUUAUCAUUGAAGGACCUAACGUCACCCAAGGCUACCUCGGUGACCCGGAGAAAACCUCCAAGUCUUUCAUCGAUGCGCCAAAUUGGUCAUCGGAGUUCUUCCCGCAUUUAUCCCAGAGACCAUUCCGCUUCUACAAGACCGGGGACUUGGUACGGCAAUUGAGUGACGGUUCUCUCAAGUUCAGCGGUCGUAUCGACAGUCAGGUCAAGGUGAACGGUCAACGGCUCGAGCCAGGAGAAAUCGAGCAUCACGCCUUGCUGAGUAACUUUGUCAUGCAGAUCUUAGUUGAUGUGCCAAAGUCAGGGAAAUUGCGCGGUCGUUUGGUUGCUGUUCUAGUGCUGCAGAAUACCCAUGCCGCUGGUGAUGCAUCCUCAUUGCAGCUGGUGGCAGAAGAGUACUGGGCUUCCGCAACCGGUCUACUGGCUCAGCUGUGCGACAAAUUGGAGUCUACUUUACCUGCAUACAUGGUUCCAAAAACCUGGAUCCCAGUCCAGCAAGUUCCACUUUUGCCAUCUGGCAAGAUGGACCGCCGAGGGAUCAAAGAAUGGUUGGUAGACAUGGACACCUCAACAUUCCAGCAAAUAUCCGAUCUGCAGAGUAUCGAAUCGGGGACUCCGUACAACUCGGAAGAAGGAAUAUUCUCAGAUGAAACAGCCAGGCAAAUGCGGACGAUAUGGUGCGAUGUUCUAAAUGUGCCAGAGCAAAAAAUUGGGGCUCGACGGCCCUUCUUAGCUUUUGGGGGCGAUUCCAUCUCGGCCAUGCGAGUCGUAUCGAAGGCUAGAUUAUAUGGUCUCACUGUUUCCGUUCGAGACAUACUUAAAUAUGGGACAAUCAAUGACCUUAUGCCCUAUGUUCGGCGGAUCGAUAGUUCCCAGCAAGCUUCCCGAAGGCCGCAGCAGGUUGAAGGAACUCCCUUUGCUCUGACUCCCAUUCAGAUGUUGCACUUGGAUGCAGUUCCCAGGGGUACAAAUCACUUCAACCAAAGUUUCUUGCUGAAAUUGAAGCAACCGACUGAGCCGGAUGCGAUCCAACGUGCUGUCAGUUCUCUGGUUCGCAAGCAUUCCAUGCUACGAGCCCGUUUCUGCAUACAAAGUGAUGGAAAAUGGUGGCAGACAAUCACAGACAGCCAAGAAUGGCGAUUCAACGUGGUACAGAGCCAGGAAUCAGAAUCACUCAAUCUGCUAAUUCCUCUCUUCAUGGCAAGCCAAAAGUCGUUGAAUAUUGAGCAUGGUCCUGUUUUAUCCGUCGACCUAGUUGCCCUUGGAGGCGAAAGGCAGUACCUGUAUAUGGUCGCACAUCACCUAGUGAUAGACCUAGUAUCCUGGCGUACUCUCUUCGAUGAGUUAGAGGACGAACUGCGGUCGCAAAAGUCCUUAUCCCCUAUCCCUCCUUCCUUCCAGAACUGGGCCUUUGCGCAAUAUGAACAAGCUGCCAAAUUUCGAGCUCCUGAUGUUCUACCCUACAAGCCUCACGCCCCUAAUUUUGAGUACUGGAACAUGUCAGGUAGACCCAACUUGUAUGCAAAUGUGACAUCGAAAACAUUUUCCCUCGACGAUGAAACAACAUCCAUUCUCAUGGGAGCAGCUAACAACGGCUUGCGUACUCAGCCCGUUGAGCUCGUCAUGGGGAUCAUCCUGCACGCUUUCCAUACAGUAUUCUCAGACCGUUCCGUUCCCACACUUUGGACUGAGACGCACGGUCGCCAGGGUUGGUCUGAUGAUCUUGAUCUUGAUGUUUCUCGAACUGUGGGCUGGUUUACGUCCAUUUAUCCCAUCUGUGUUAAUUCUGAUGGAUGCACUGAUGUCCUGCAAACCAUCCGACGGGUCAAGGACGCAAAACGCAACAUUCCUAAUCACGGUCUGGAUUACUUCACCAGUAGGUAUCUGGAUAAGACAGGCAGGGAACUUUUUCAGAGCGAUAAGGACAUGGAAAUUCUGUUCAACUACCAAGGCCUCUACCAACAGCUAGAGCGCGACGACUCACUGCUGUCCAAUGUCUCCAGAUCUAAGUUCGACUUUCCAUCUGAUGUUGCUGAGGAUGUCCCGCGACUAUCUCUGAUUGAUAUCUUCAGUGGUGUUGAGAAUGGUACUUUUACAGUUACGUUCACUUGGUCGCCAGAUAUGGCCCGGCAAGAGGACAUUAAGAGCUGGGUUACUGACUGCGAGUCCUUGCUGCAAUACGUUGCUCGCAGCACUGUCAAAGAGCCACUCGCAUCUCUAAGUGACUACCCCUUGCUACCUUUCACCUACCUGGAACUCGACAACUCGUUGCAAAAUCUCACUCGGCAAUGGAGCCUGACAAGUUUGGACGAAAUCGAAGAUAUAUACCCUUGUUCUCCAAGUCAAGAAGGUAUCAUCGUCAGUCAGAUUCGUCAGCCAGCAAGAAAUUUGUACAACUUUGAGACUACCUGGAAAGUCACCUCGCGAUCUGGCACGCCUUUGGACGUCGACCGACUUGAAGCUGCAUGCUGUACUGUGAUUCAACGCCAUCAGAUCCUACGAACCGUCUUCUGCGAGACCGAUGUGGCGGAUGCCCCAUUUUUCCAGGUUGUGCUCAAAAACGCUGCCAUCCUCGGUCUUCCGCUGUCUCGUUCUAACAUUCAUCCUGGGGAUCUCAUCAUCCCAGCGCCUAAUAUCUUGAGCUCCCAUCGUUUCCCGUAUCACUGGACACUAUGUGAAACUUCAGAUGGGGUGUACUUUAAGUUCGUCAUUAACCACUGCCUGCUUGAUGGCUCUUCUCUGGGUCUAUUGGUACAAGAUAUAUACUCUGCAUACGAUAACAUCCAACUUUCUGCAGCCCCCCUGUACAGCAGCUUCAUCGGACAUUUGCUCGGAAACCCCACUGAUGCCUCAUAUACAUUCUGGAAUCGUCGCCUGGACGAUGUUGGUUGUUGUCAUUUCCCAACAUUGGCUGGGGAGGGACCUACAGAAGUUUCCUUCGACCGUGUCGACAUCCCUUUCACCAAGGAUCAGGUCGAUGGAAUACGAAAACUUUGUCGGGAGCUCGGAGUCACCCUGGCCACUACCAUGAGUGCUAUCUGGGCACUGGUUUUGCAGGCUUAUAUUGGGAACGACGCGCAGACCAUUUGUUUUGGAUACAUGGCAUCGGGCCGAGAUGUUCCACUCUCUGGUGUGCAUGAGAUGAUGGGCCCUCUUCUGAAUAUGCUGGUACAAAGAGUGGACUUCAAUCCACUGAUGAGCGUUUCAGAAUUGCUGACGCAAGUUCAUAAUAGCGUCGUAGCCAGUAUCCCUCAUCAGCAUUGUUCGUUGGCCAAGAUUCAAAGCAGCAUGGGCCUCAAGGGUGAAACACUAUUCAACACCUUGGUCAAUGUGCAGAAGCGCACAAAGACAGACCUCACUCAAUCCGAACAGCCAAUUCAAAUGAUCAUUACAGAUUACCAUGAUCCUGCUGAGUUCGAUCUCAUUGUCAAUGUGGUGGACACAUCUGAGGAAGUAACUGCGAAUCUGCACUUCUGGAACUCUUGUAUCGCUAUGUCACAAGCCCAUGAUGUGAAAGAAACAUUCCUGAAGGUCGUGGACUCGUUUCUACAAAGUACCUCCACGCCUGUUACCCAGGUGGAUCUGCUCGCUGAGCACCACCGUCGCCAGCUUCUGGAGUGGAAUCCAGUUAUACCGCAUUCUGUCGAUUCAUGUCUUCACCAUUUAUUUGACGCACAGGUUGCCCAUCGUCCCGAUGCCCCGGCUGUUUGUACCACAGGCUCAGAGGGAAAUUGGACAUAUACCGAGCUGGACGACCUUGCGAGUAGACUGGCCAGUCACCUCUCAUCCCUGGGAGUAGGGCCAGAGGUGACGGUGCCAUUUUGCUUUGAUAAGUCGCCAUGGACAGUAGUGGUUAUUCUAGCUACAUUGAAGGCUGGAGGUGCUUGCCUUGCUUUGGACCCGCUAUAUCCAAUUCAAAGAUUGCAUCACAUGAUUGACAUGACAAAGGCAACUGUUGUUGUCACUCAGGAACACCACGCAGACAAAUUCCGAGACGUUCAAUCUCUGUCAAUUAUUUCUGUCACCCCCGGAUUAUGGGACCGCCUUGAGUCUCGCUCGCUCUCCGGUCAUCCGGUCAAACCAAAUAACGCUGCGUUUAUCAAUUUUACCUCAGGGAGUACCGGCGUGCCUAAAGGCAGCGUGCUCGAACACAGAUCUAUUUGCUCUGCAUUGUGGCACCAUCAUAAGCUAGAUCCUGUGGGAAAAGACACUCGCGCAUUACAGUUCUGCUCCUAUACAUUUGAUGCGAGUUUUGCUGAGAUUCUCCUCACCCUGUGCUAUGGUGGAUGCCUUUGUGUUCCAACUGAGGAUGAGCGUAUGAACAGACUUGAAGCAACAAUUACAGAUCUUGAUAUCAACUGGGCGUAUCUCACUCCAACAGUCACCGGGCUUCUAGACCCCACUCAAGUACCGAGUCUCAAGACAUUAUGCCUCGGUGGUGAGCCUGUACUAGACAGCUUAGUGCGCAAGUGGCUUCACAGGGUACGAAUUAUCGCCACUUAUGGUCCCUCCGAGUGCUCUAUUGCGAUAUCCCGCUCUGAGGUGCAAAAGUUCGGUAAUGGGCAGCUGGGCCCAGCCUCUGGUGCACUACUCUGGAUUGUCGAUUCUAUGAAUCCUGACAGAUUAGUACCCAUUGGGUGUCCUGGCGAGCUGCUAAUAGAAGGCCCUCUGGUGGGCCGCGGCUAUCUCCAACAAGACCACAAUGAUGCAAGUUUUGUCGUGGAUCCCCAGUGGGCCAAGUCGUUCCCAAUCGCUGGUCUCCCGUCUGUUGGUCGCAGGAUGUACAAAACAGGUGAUAUUGUUCGCUUUGUGGAGGAUGGGUCAAUGGUGAUGCUGGGGAGAAAGGAUGCACAACUCAAGAUCCACGGACAGCGCGUUGAUCUUGACGAGGUUGAGCACCAUCUUACCGUGGAUAGCGAGAUUCGACAUGCGGCAUGUCUCCUUCCUAAGGGUGGUACUUUUGCCGGCAAACUCACGGCAGUUGUCUCCACAAUGGAACUUGCCGAUGCUACAUUUGGAGUCGUCAACAAUGGCAUGGAGGUGAUGCAAGGUCCAGACACACAAAGCCGAGUAUUGAAACUACGAUCUUGUCUCGAAGAAAGAGUACCUGUAUACAUGAUUCCCCGCGUCUGGGUAAUGGCCAAAACAGUCCCAGUGACAUUUAACGGCAAGCUCAACCGCCGGGCAUUGCUCCACAUGCUCGAGACAGUUGAUAAAGAUACAUACGAGGCUAUUCUGUCUAUCGACAAAGAGGUUAUUCAGACUACCGGUAUGAGUGCCAUGGAGGAGCAACUGCGCGAUGCUUGGGCCCAUGUUCUCAAUAUCCCUAAAAGCCAUAUCAGCCCCAGUCGAUCUUUCUUCAGCCUCGGUGGUGACUCAAUUUCGGCUAUCCAAGUAUCCGCUCGCCUUCGUGGCCAGGGCAUUGGGCUUUCUAUGCACGACAUCAUGCAGUACCGCUCAAUAACUGAGAUUGCCAAAUAUGCUCGGCGUGUCCAAGUCUCGCCUGUGGCUCUUGCAGACGAGUCCCUGGGAACUUUGUUCCCCCUGUCCCCCAUUCAGAGAUCUUACUUUACUAACAUGCCUACAGAACAGGAUCGGUAUAACCAAAGCUUCAUGCUUCGCAUAAAACGGCCCAUCGAGAGUGCAACUCUCUUGCAGGCCCUUAAAGCCAUUGUUUCUCGCCAUUCCAUGCUUCGUGCACGCUUCAAGCAGAACGACGAUGGACAGUGGGCGCAGGUUGUCACAGAUGAGGUGGAGUCCUCACUGAUAUUCAAUGUAACACCCGACAUGCAGUCCCUUUACGACACGGAACCAAUCCUUCAAAAGGCUCAAGAUGGUCUUGACAUCAGCAACGGUCCGGUCUUUAGCGCACAACUUCUUGGUCUUCAGGAUGAUAGCUGGUACUUAUGUCUCAUUGCCCACCAUCUCGUCGUUGAUUUGGUAUCAUGGCGAAUCAUUCUCGAGGACCUCGAGCAGGCCCUUGAAUCCACCGGCAUCACAACCCAUACCUCAAUUCCCUUUCAGUCAUGGGUUGGUCUUCAGGUUUCGUACGCUCAGUCAGUCGAUGGGCUAGAGGCUUUGUCACCCCAGAACGUUAUCCAUUCCAAGGUCGAAACCGCAGACUUGAGCUAUUGGGGUGUUCCCGAUGCAAGGUCAUAUGGCACAACUGUGUUCUCGUCAUUUGAGCUUGAUAGCGACACAACAACCGCCCUGCUCGGUGGCGCCAACCAAGUUUUGGAUACUGAACCGGUCGAAAUAUUCAUGGCAGCAGUCCUCAAUGCAUUCCACACCGUGUUCCCACAACGCAAAGUCCCCACUCUUUUCGCCGAGGGUCACGGUCGUGAGCCGUGGAACACAGAUAUCGAUGUGUCCAGAACAGUCGGGUGGUUUACAACGAUGUAUCCCAUUUGCAUAGACCGAAAGUCCGCAGAUCAGUCGCCUGUCUCUACUCUUCGACUAGUCAAGGACGCGUCACGAAAUAUCCCGGCGAAGGGUUGGCGCUAUUUCACCUCCCGACACUUGACUCCCGCUGGUCAGAAAGCCUUUGCUGAACAUGGCACCAUGGAAAUCCUCUUUAACCACCUUGGACAAUACCAACAACUUGAGCGCGAUGAUGCACUUUUCGAGCAGGCAAUACUUCCCUACGAUAUGUUUGACUUUGGCCCCAGCAUCCCUCGGGCAGCAUUAUUCGAAAUAGUCACUGUCGUCGAUAAAGGAAAGCUGAUCUUCAAACUGAGCCAUUCCUCGGAGCUUAAACACCAUGAUAGCAUUCAGCAGUGGGUUCAAGCAUGCAGAAACAGUCUCAUUGAUGCUGGAGACAACCUUCUGCGUUGGAGCUUGAAAAAGCCUUUGCCUACAUUCAGCGACUUCCCACUUCUCGCUAAGCGCUUGAAAUACGAUGAUCUUGAUCGUAUCUUUGAGAAUAUCGGCGCCAAUAUGUCCACUGUUGAGAAUAUAUAUCCAUGCUCUCCGAUGCAGGAGGGGAUACUGAUCAGUCGUACCAGACAGCAAGGUCUUUAUGAUACGUACAAUACUUGGAAACUCGUCCCUCGCUCUGGUUCCGACAGAGUGGAUAAAGCCAAGCUUGGACACGCUAUUGCCCAAGUCAUUUCUCGUCACCAGGCUCUUCGUACGUGGUUCAUUGAGUGCGAAGGUACUACACCUUACGUGCAAGUCGUGUGGAAAGAAGUUGCACCACCGAUUUUCUACAUCGACGCACCAACUGCUCAAGAUUUUAUAGAGCUAAUACCAUCUGGGAACUCAAAUGAUUCAAGUUACUCCAGGCUUGGCUAUCGGUUUAUAAUCUGCGAGCCGGCGGCUGGCGAAACACUUUGUCGCAUGGAAAUAAACCAUGCAUUGAUUGACGGUCUCUCCAUGCAGGUUUUAAUAGGGGAUAUCCUUCGGGCAUACGAUGGUCUAUUGACUGCAGAUUUCAUGACCCCGCGCUAUGGAGACUUCAUAUCCUAUCUCGAAAGCCACUCUAGGGAGGCUGGAUUGGCUUAUUGGACUGGCUUGCUGGAAGAUAUAAAGCCCUGCAGAUUGCCAUCACUUUCCGACACCAAUAGUCAAGCACCCGGCGUGUUCAAACACACACAGUGUGAACUUGGCAGCAGUCUUACCCAGCGGAUUAUCGAAAUUUGCAAAUGUCAGAAUACCACCAUCGCUAGCGUGGUGAGCGCGGUCUGGAGCCUUGUUCUGCGAGCUUAUGUGGGAACAGAUAGCGUUUGCUUUGGGUACAUAUCUUCCGGUCGAGAUGUCCCAGUGCCUCAGGUUGAAUCAAUUAUUGGUCCUCUGAUCACCAUGAUGGUUUCAAGAGUAGACAUCGAUCAACAGAUGCCUAUAUCAGACCUUCUGCAAAAUAUCAAUGCCCGUUUCCUGGAAAGUGUGGCGCAUCAGCAUUGCUCACUUUCCCAAAUCCUGCACGCGACCGGAGAAGGCAGGCAAAGAGGUCAGCUUUUCAACACUAUGGUGAAUGUACAGAAGAGAGGUGCUUCCAUGGCACCAUACUCAGCGACUAUUGGUCUAGAGUUACUGGAUGUUUAUGACCCCAGCGAAUAUGAUGUUUCCCUCGACGUGGAACACAAUGAAGACAAUGUCACUUUAUAUCUUCAUUAUUGGACCAGCUUUUUGUCAGAGGAACAUGCCCAGCUCCUGCACGAUACUGUUCUGCAGGGAUUGAAGUCUCUACUUGAGAACAUCUCGGGUACAGUCGGCGAUAUUACGCUGUUCAGCCAGUCUCAUCGAUCUAGGCUCCGAGAAUGGGCACCAGAGAUGCCACAGGCUGUUGUCUCAUGUGUACAUGACCUGGUCGAGCAAAAGGUCCACGCCCACCCCAAUAAAGAGGCAGUGACCACGUCAAAUUUGUCAAUGACGUACCAAGAACUGGACAGUCUGGCAUCCUGUCUAGCAAGACACCUGGCCUCUUGUGGAGUUGGGCCGGAGGUCAUGGUUCCCUUUUGCUUUGAAAAGUCGCCUUGGGCUGUUGUAGUCAUGUAUGCGAUUCUCAAAGCUGGUGGUGCGUGCGUUGCUCUAUCACCAGAAUAUCCCGACCUCCGACUAGCCAGCAUCAUCGACUCUACUCUGGCAAAAAAUGUAAUCAGCGAUGUCAAACACGCAGAGAGGUUUGAAAAGCUUGUGGAUCAUGUGGUCGCGGUCGAUGGAACGGUAUCAAGAGUCUCUGACAUGCUCCAAUACUUGCAGACUCUUGAUGGUAUCACUACAAAACGCGCCCAUCCUGACAAUACCGCUUUUGUCGCUUUCACCUCUGGUUCCACCGGUACACCUAAGGGAAUCAUUCUAGAACACGCCUCAAUCAGCACCAGCAUCCACUAUCAGGGUGCAACUGCACUAAUGUCAAGCACCAGUCGUGUGCUCCAGUUCUCGGCUUACACUUUCGACGCCAGCAUUGAAGAGAUCUUUACCACCCUCGCCUUUGGGGGUACUGUUUGUGUACCAUCCGAGUACGAAAGGAUGAACAAGCUUCCAGAGUUCAUGAAGGCACAGAAAGUGAACUUCGCCGACAUGACACCCACGGUGGCUGGUCUUCUUAACCCCGACGAAAUUUCCCUGGCUACUUUGAAUCUCGGUGGUGAGGCCGUCCCCCAGAGCCUAGUUCGCAAGUGGUCUAGUCGCACAAAUCUGGUUAUCACCUAUGGGCCAUCCGAAUGCUCUAUUGCGUGCUCUGGAAUGCUGGUUGAGACGUCAGAGCUCCCAGACGGCGCCCUUGGAAAACCAGCAGGCUCUUUGAUGUGGAUUGUCGACCCAAAUGAUCCCAACAAGCUCGCUCCCAUUGGCUGUGCUGGUGAGAUCCUCAUUGAGGGGCCAUUACUUGCCCGCGGAUAUAUCGAAUCAGGCCAGACCAAUCAAGCCUUCCUCAUGAACCCUUCGUGGACGAAUUUCGUGCGCAUACCCGGCGUGCAUUCAGGCCGCCGCAUGUACCGCACUGGGGACAUGGCUCGCUAUAACUUGGAUGGAUCCCUUAUUUUCCUGGGCCGUAAGGAUUCGCAAGUCAAGAUCCACGGCCAGCGAAUUGACCUGGGGGAAAUUGAACACCAUCUUCUACGUGAGUGUAUUGGCCAGGCCACUGUGCUAAUUCCCAAGCAGGGAUUCUGGAAGAAUAAGUUGGUUGCUGUCUUUGCGCCUGGGAAUUCACAAAAACAGCCGAAUCAAAGUCUUGAAGUUCUGACGACACCUGAGAUGGCUCCACUGAUCAGCGAGCUACGUAUAAAGCUACAGGAUCAUGUGCCUGGUUAUAUGAUGCCAAGGGCGUGGAUUCCUAUGGUUGCUUUGCCGGUGACGCCUAACGGCAAGCUUAACCGCCGUCAGAUACUGACACACUUAGAGUCAAUGGACGUGGGAGCCUGUGAGCGAGUUGUGCUGCUUGAACGAGUACUAGUUCCGGCCUCCCCUCUGAACGCAGUUGAGAAGCAAUUUAUCUCAGUCUGGGCAGUGGUCUUGGCUAUUCCAGAGGCUAUGGUAGAUAUUACGCAGCCCUUUUUCCGACUGGGUGGUGACUCUAUCUCUGCUAUGCAUGCGGCUACUCAACUACGGUCCCAAGGGAUACGUAUUUCAGUACAUGACAUUCUCCGCUAUCGUACAAUUGCUGCCCUCGCGGAACUUGUGGCUCAUACCGCACAGACAACGCCCUCCUUGUCACUUCAUGGCGUAAUUGAAGCCAAUGAAACCAAGGAUACUCCAUUCCCACUAACACCUAUUCAAACAAUGUAUUUCCAGGCACAUCCAGUGGGCGAGAAUCACUUUAAUCAGAGCUCCCUUCUCAAGCUCAGGCAUACAAUUACUCCGACUCAAGCAUUCACAGCUCUCAUGACGCUCGUGCAACAUCAUUCCAUGCUCAAUGCACGGUUUGCAGUCAACAGUAGCGGGGUAUGGUCCCAAACCAUCGCUGGUGAUACUUCGCAGUCGCUGCAUUUUACAUCUUCUGUCUUGACCAGCUUUGAGGAUGCCAAAGCCUUGCUUUCCUCCAGUCACACUGUCUUGGAUAUCCAGCAUGGUCCGCUCGUGGCUGCCAGUCUGAUCAGCGUCAACUCAGACACGACAACAGACCAGUUCCUUUACAUAGUGAUACACCAUCUCAGUGUCGAUUUAGUAUCGUGGCGCUUUAUUCUUGAAGACUUGGAGAAGGUGCUUCUCGAUCAACCCCUUGGUCCCAAGCCGUUGUCUUUCCAGGCCUGGGCGAUAGCUCAAGACGCAUACGCAAAACAGAACCUCCUUCCAGACAACGUUUUGCAUUUCAACAUUCCCCAACUUGAUGAUCAGCAAAAUUACUGGGGAAUGGCUGCCAGACCAAAUGUAUAUGCCACAGUCAUGGAGUCAAAGUUCACUAUCGAUUCAAACACCACAUCACUCCUUCUUGGAAACGCCAAUGACGCCCUACAAACUGAACCUAUGGAAGUAAUCUUGACACUCCUGCUGUUCACUUUCAGUCAAACCUUCCAAGAUCGUGAUCUACCAGCCAUCUUUUGCGAGGGCCAUGGUCGUGAAUCUCCGCUUGAUGCAGACCUUUCUAGGACUGUAGGCUGGUUCACGACCAUGUUUCCUAUUUGGAUUCCCAAUAUUGACAGCAAUGGCCCUCUUGGAUCCCAAUUCAUUCAGGCCCUGCGGCUAGUGAAAGACUGUCGUCGUUUGCUGCCAGGAAAAGGCUGGCAAUACUUCACAUCACGCUAUCUCAAUGAAAAGGGCCGGAUGGAAUUCUCUGGGCAUGAUGAUGCAGAAAUUCUUUUCAAUUUCUUCGGUUCGACAAGUCUUAAGACUCAGCGCUAUGAUAUCCUGGAGGAAACUUCUUUUGAUGGCGUAUCUCACGUCAACCACAACUCUCCAAGAUCAGCGCUGUUCGAGAUUUCCGUCAAUGUUCAAUCAGAGAAACUCUGCUUCAGCUUCCAAUACAGCAGAGAAAUGAACCAUCAGUUGGGAAUCUCAUCUUGGAUAGAUCGUACCCGAAGCUUGGCUGUUGACGCUGCCAGAUUGCUGGGGCAAACCCCGUCAACUUCGACACUGGCGGAUUACCCCCUCUUGGGUUUAAAGGAUUAUUCUGCACUCGAUAUCCUAGUUGAGGCGUUCAAAUCUCAGCUAGACAUUUCCAGCUGUGACACAUUCCAGACGGUCUAUCCAUGUGCGCCGAUGCAAGAAGGCAUCCUACUGAGCAGAUCACGCAUAGCAGGCGUGUACAAUGUGCAAACCAUUUGGAGGGUCACUCCCUCGUCUUUCGGCGACAAUGUGAAUCUUAACCGCCUGAAAGCAGCCUGUACUCGUGUUAUCUCUCGCCAUGAUAUAUUGCGAACACAUUUCGUGGAGCAUCACCGAAACCAAUCCGCCUUUGUCCAAGUGGUGAUGAAAGAAGUCAUUCCUCCGGUCAAAGUGGUCAAGUUUAGCAGUGUGACUGACCUAGAAGCCGAGUCGAAUGAAGCAAUUUACCGAGUCGGCAGUUUGCCCUACUUGUUUACAAUAUGCCAGACCACCAAUGGAGAUGUCUACUUACGUCUUGACAUUAACCAUGCUCUCAUUGAUGGCACAUCAACUCAUGUUCUCAUUCGAGAUCUUCGGCGUGCCUACGAUGAACAGCUCCCUGCCAUUGGCCCUGUCUAUGGUGACUUCAUAUCACACCUACACGCACUCCCUAGCGAGGAUUCUUUGGCUUUUUGGACCGAGCAUCUUACUGGCUUGACGCCAUCCCACUUCCCUCAGCUUACCGGACUUUCUUCCAACGAGAAUUCAUCCUUCAAGAUGGUCAAAGUUGACCUGACACAAAAGAUGAGGGUCGAUCUGCAUGAAUUCUGCAAGAAGCACAGUACAACAUUGGCUAAUGUCAUGUCCACCGUAUGGGCGCUAGUUUUAUCGUGCUUUGUGGGAACUGACUCUUCUACUGUCACCUUUGGAUACUUGGCAUCUGGAAGAGGUCUUCCUAUUUCUGGCGUUGAUGACAUAUUAGGCCCACUGAUUACCAUGAUAGUUCGCAGAACUGAGAUUGAGCCUGAUUCAACUGUGCUAAAUAUGAUCAGCAAUAUGCAGGAAGAUCUUACGCGCACCUGGCCACAUCAGCACUGUUCACUCGGCGACAUUUACCAUGCUUUAAACCUAAACGGCAUCCCUCUGUUCAACACUAUCGUGAAUAUGCAGAGAGAAGUUUCCGGUAUCGAAGCUGACCAGGCAUCGAUCUCUUUUCAAGUCGAAACGGGACUUGAUCCUAGCGAGUAUGAUAUCUCCUUCAAUAUCCAGGAUGGCAAAGAUAUUCAGCUUUCAUUGGGGUACUGGAAUCACUGCAUUUCGGAGGCCCAGGCCAAUGUUGUUUCACGCACAGUGGGCGUAAUAAUCUCGUCAAUCCUCACAAAUCCACAUCGGCCAGUCUCCAACGUGGAUUUUGCUGAAAGCUAUGACAUCCAAACCAUCGAGAACUGGAACAACUCUGUCCCUGAGCCCAUCGAUCAUUGUAUCCAUCAUGCCAUUGAGCUUCAGGCCAAGCUCAACCCCGACUCGCCAGCCGUAUACUCCAUUGAUCCAAGUGUCUCUCUAUCAUACCAAGAGCUCAACAAUAUGGCCGAUAAUAUGGCACAGUAUCUCUCCACAUUGGGUGUUGGGCCGGAAUCACUCGUUCCUUUUUGUUUGGAUAAAUCACAUUUGACCCCAGUGACCAUGGUUGCUAUCUUGAAGGCUGGAGGAGCAUGUGUAGCUUUGGAUCCAUCUCAACCUCGCAUCCGACUUCAGGGCAUUAUCAGAGACUCCGGAGCAAACGUUAUUAUGUCGGCGCCCCAGUACAGGUCGCUUUUCUCUGAUCUUGUGCCUCACGUUGUGUCGGUGGAAGAAACUGGUUUCCACCAAGGCCUGUCUUCCCAUAAUAGUACAGGACCCACGAGUGCAGUUCAGUACAACAAUCCAGCCUUCGUUAUCUUUACCUCAGGGAGUACGGGGACUCCGAAGGGCAUUGUGGUCGAGCAUGGCGCUUUUUGCUCCAGUGCACGGUCUCAUGCUCCAGCGCUACGCUUAGGUCAACGUUCCCGGGUUCUCCAGUUUGCCUCUCACACCUAUGAUUUGAGUAUCGCCGAGAACUUGACGACACUUAUGGUAGGCGGGUGCAUCUGUGUGCCAUCCGAGUACCAAAGACUCAAUUGCCUAGCCGAUGCUAUCAAUGCGAUGCAAGUUGACUGGAUGUUCUUGACUCCCACAGUCGCUGCUCUUCUUCACCCUGAUGAUGUUCCAACUGUGAAGACAUUGGUUCUUGGAGGAGAGCAUGCUACACAAAAUAACUUUACAACAUGGGGCAGUCGGCCAGGUGUCUGUCUAAUCAAUAGCUAUGGCCCCGCCGAAUGCGCUAUCUGGACGAAUGCCAAUGUUCAAGUCCAGGCCAAUGCUGAUACAUCGAAUAUUGGGCCCAGGCUCGGAUGCUCUCUUUGGAUUGUUGACCCUCGUAACCACCACCGGCUUAUGCCAAUUGGUGCUCGCGGUGAGUUGGUCAUAGGAGGACCUACUCUUGCAAGGGGGUAUCUACACAACCCCGUGCAAACAGACGCCGUGUUUAUCCAAUCACCGGAUUGGUUCAAAGGAGCCUCGGGCAUUUCUCAAAGCUUAUACAAGUCUGGUGACCUGGCACGCUACAACCUGGACGGCACUCUCUCCAUUCAGGGUCGCAAGGAUACUCAAGUGAAGGUUCAUGGUCAUCGCAUUGAACUUGGGGAUAUUGAUCGCAAUAUUGCGCAGAUCCCUUCCGUUGAACAUGUCACUGUGCAGCUCCCAAGAUCGGGCCAUGCACAGGACCAGCUCGUAGCCUUAGUGUCGCUAAAUGAACUUCCACGCAGAUCAACCGAGAGCACCACACCACUCAAGAUCAUCACUCAUCCCGACCACACAAUGUUUGCCACCCCGAUUCUAAAUUCCAUUCGGUCGCAGCUUGAGCAACAGCUCCCGAGGCACAUGCUGCCAACUCUGUGGAUUAUCGUUGAACGGAUACCACUUCUCUCCUCUGGAAAACUUGACAAGCAAGCAGUCAAAGCUUGGUUACAUAGCCUGGAUCAGGAGACAUACAACCAAGCUCGGUCCCUCUCCCAAUUUGAGGCCGACCCUUCUUCGGCUUUGCCUGAGACUCCUACAGAAUUGGAGUUGCAGCAGAUUUGGGCAGAUGUGUUGAGAUGCCCGCUCUCCUCUAUUCCCAUGACGCAAUCGUUCCUGAGAGUAGGAGGUGAUUCCAUCUCCGCCAUGCAAGUGGUCUCUCGCGCGAGAGCCAAGGGCAUCAACAUUUUUGUUCAGGAUGUUCUAAGAUUGAAAACAAUUCGCAGCCUCGCUCGACAGGCUACUGAUGUUGGCACUAUCGCCAAGCCUGCUCAUCAGGUCAGCCGAUAUGAGCUUCUUACAUCCAAAGGCGAAGAUUUGGACCGAUGCAUUGCCGAUUGUGUGUCCCGUCUAGACCUCAAAGACUCUUCUGUCAUUGAAGAUAUAUUCCCUUGUUCACCUAUGCAAGAGGGCAUUCUGAUCAGCCAGGCUAAAACUCAUAGCAACUACCAGGUGAAAGCGCUGUUCAAGGUUUUGGUUGAGCCAACACAUUUGGUAGAUUCGGACAAACUGGAGCAGGCAUGGGCUCUGGUUGCACAACGGCAUCAAGCUCUUCGUUCUGUCCUUAUCGAAGGCGCUGCUGGACAGGCCAAUUUCCUUCAAGUGGUCUUAAAAGAGGUUACUGUUCCAAUUCGAAGGCUAGACUGUGACUCGGUAGAGGACUUCAGAGGUUUGUCUGAAAUCAAUGCAUAUGCAGAAGAUGGACCCCCUUACCGUGUUUCCAUAUUUAAGACCCAACACAAUGAGGUCUACUGCCAGUUGGCCAUCAGUCAUGUUCUCGACGAUGGCUCCUCGAUGCAGGUCUUGAUACGCGAUAUCUGUCUGGCAUACGACAACAUGCUUCCUGCAGGGCCCCCUCCACUGUAUAGUAACUUCAUAUCAUACAUCAGGGGCCAACCUGCCGAAGCGAGUCUGGAUUUCUGGAAGACGUAUCUUGACGGCCUCGUGCCAACUCACUUACCGGCGCUGCAGAAGACGACAAAUGAAUCACCCCAGACUGCCGCCUUUGACUACAUGCUCGAAGGAGAAAAAGUGGCGAAAAUUCAUGCCUUCUGUGAAAGGUUCGACAUAACUGUGGCAGAUAUUUUCAAGACAGUCUGGGCUUUGAUUUUGGCUUCUUUCCUCGGGACGGAAUCAGUAUGCUUUGGUCAUCUCGCGUCAGGUCGCGAUACUCCCAUCCAGGAUGUCCACAACAUCGUUGGACCUCUUAUCAAUAUGCUGGUCUUCCGUGCCAAUAUUAUCAAAUCCACCAAGGUCAUCGAUUUGCUUCAGGAAGCGCACGAGGGGUAUAUCAAGGCACUCUCCCAUCAGUAUUCCUCGCUCAAGGAGAUCUCCCAUGCCAUUGGUUCUGGGCAAACAACUCUCUUCAACACGCUCGUCAAUGUCCAAAGAGCAACGUCGGACUUUUUCGCUCAUCAAGGUGAUCUUCCUGCUCAGCAAACAAUCACCCUUCGUAAUGUUGAUCUCGAUGAUCCCACCGAGUACGACUUGAGCCUGGGGGUGAUGGAAUCCAGAACGCAGAUCCAUGUUAUUCUGAACUAUUGGACCUCGUUUAUCAGCUCGGAGCAAGCAGCAUCCAUAGGGACAAUUGUUCUACAAGUCAUCGACCAGAUUGUGGCCGAUCCUUUCCGACAAGUUCGAGACCUUGACUUUUCUAAUGAAACCGAUAUGGCCUUACUUCACCAGUGGAACCCGGUCGUUCCAGCAGACACUGGUUGUCUACACAAACUUUUCGAGAAGCAGGUGGCUAAGAAGCCCUUCGAUGCCGUUGCUGUCGUGUCCGAUAAUAAGUGUCUAACCUACAAGGAGCUGGAUCAGAUGGCGAAUCAGUUAGCGCACCUCUUAUUUCAAAAGGGUGCUCGCCCGGAUACCAUCAUCCCCUGCUGUUUUGAGAAGUCCGUCUGGGCGAUUGUCGCGAUGCUCGCUAUAUUGAAGUCGGGGGCUGCAUGCCUUGCGCUUGAUCCCACAUAUCCCUUGGAGCGCCUGCAAAUGAUGAUCGAAGACACCGAAGCGUCAUUUGUUCUAACUUCUCCGUCACACACCAGUCUAAUGGCCGAUGUCAAAGUGGAAUGUCUAGUUGUUUCGUUCGAGGCUCUGAAUACCUUGGCUCACUUCGAAAGCUCUCAUGGGCCCCAGACAUCCGUUGCUCCUGAUAAUGCAGCUUUUGUCGUGUACACUUCCGGUAGCACAGGCACGCCAAAGGGUGCUGUCCUCGAACACCGCAACCUAUACGCAACAUCGCGUGGCCUGGAAUCUUUGAACAUGACAAGCGAGUCCAGAGUCGCACAUUUUGCUUCUUACGCGUUCGAUGUCAGUAUCGGAGAAACCGUUUUAGCAUUGACAAGAGGAGCCUGCGUAUGCAUAAUCUCCGACGAGGACCGACUAGGAGAUCUAUCAGGGGCAUUCAACAGGUUACAGGUGACCUGGACAAUGUUGACACCAACCGUGCUGCGCAUGUUGGAACCCCAAAAUGUCCCAAAUUUGAGAACAGUUGUUCUGUCAGGCGAGCUUCUCACUGAUGACAUAGUGGCCAAAUGGCACGAAAAGGUGGACUUGUUCAACGCAUAUGGUCCGUGUGAAUGUGCUAUCACCUGUUGCGCUACAGAGCAACUAAAGGCUGAAGAUCGUGGCGUGAAUAUUGGACGGCCUUGGCAGUCGAAUCUCUGGGUCGUGGAUGCAGAAAAUCACCAUCGUGUUGUUCCCAUCGGUGCCAUUGGCGAGCUUUGCAUAGAAGGCCCUCUCGUUGGCCGUGGGUAUCUCAAGAACGCCAGCAAAACCAGCGCGUCGUUUAUUGAUGCAUCUUCGUGGUAUAAGGAUCAGAAAAGCUCAUCACGCCGCGCCUAUAAGACCGGUGAUCUUGCCCGUUGGAACGCAGACGGUACGAUUAGCUAUAUGGGUCGCAAAGACAACCAGACCAAGAUCCAAGGUCAACGAAUUGAACUCGGAGAGAUAGAGUACCAGAUAUCUGCGAGCGCGGGGCGUUCUGUCAAAGCUGUGGUCGCGACAGUGCCAAAGCACGGUAUUUUGAAGAAUCGCCUAAUAGUUCUCUUGGACCUUGAAGACUGGCAUUCAUCGGUGCAAUCGAACACUGCCGUACCCUUCAUUCAAGACGAGCCUCUUCAAUCGCUGGCACUGAAGUGUAUUGCUGAGAUUAAAGCCUCUGUGAAGAAGAACUUGCCCCGGCACAUGGUUCCCAGUCUUUGGUUCCCUGUUCAUCGAAUUCCCACUCUGAAAUCCGGAAAGACAAAUCGCCGUCUCAUCAGCGAAUGGUUUGAGGCCAUAGAUCAAGCAACCUACACAUCAAUAAUGGCUUCCAUUCAAGUAGCCUCCACUGCUAUACCGCCGUCUUCUGAGAUGGAGGAGACUUUACAGAAGAUCUGGAGCCAGCUCCUCAACUUGCCGAAGGAUAGCAUCAGCAUGGACCAGAAUUUCUUUGCUAUGGGCGGAGAUUCUGUGCUCGCAAUGCAAUUCAUCGCCCGCUGCCGAGCCCAGGGAAUUACCACCUCGUUGGUGGAUCUCUUCCAGCGGGGUACUAUUGCUGCUCUGGCCCCCUGCUGCACACAGAGCAGUUCGACAGAUUUCUCCAACGACCCGACUUUGUCUCUGGUUAACCAGACUAGCGUACAGGAGGACGAUGCUGUGCUGGAGGACUCAUCCAAAGUUGAAAACAUCUACCCUUGCACCCCCAUGCAAGAGAGUAUUUUGGGCGCUCAAACGAAGCUGAAGAACUCAUGGUACGCCAAUUGGGUGAUGGAGGUGCAUCCGUCGUCAGCUGAUUCACGACCAAUCGAGAUGGACGAGGUUGCAAAGGGCUGGCAGAGAGUUGUCAAUCGCCAUUCCGUCCUACGUACUUUCUUCCAGUCUGGAUCCCAGUCGAAGAAGCUCUAUCAGAUAGUACUGAAGGAGUUCAACGCCCCGAUCUCUUACAUUACAUCAACCGCUCCUGAUUCUGUUAAUCCGUUUGAUCUCACACCGGAGAUUCCCGAGGAUGGUAUCCCGCCCCAUCGAUUGGUACUCGCCAAAACCUCCUGUGGAACUGUAUUGCUACAGCUACAAAUCAGCCACGCUAUCUAUGACGCAAUUUCGCUCUCUGUGCUGUGGCAUGACCUUCAGGUAGCAUGCUCGGGAGACCUAUACAAAUCACCGGCACCGUCCUACAGAACCUUCAUCAAAUACCUCAGUGGUCUAGACAGACCGUCAGCAAUCAAUUUCUGGAAGAAGCACUUGGCAGCUAUUCAACCAUGCCAAUUCCCAUCUCUACUCGAGCCCAGCCUACCUACCUCCCAACAGACUCUUGGAUCAUUCGCGAGUGCUAUUGUCCCCUUUGAAAAGACAAAGCAGGCUCGAGCAUUCUGCAAACGUCACGCCGUAACGACAGCCAACUUGUUCCAGGCCGCUUGGGCCCUUGUUCUCCGCUAUUUCACAGGCAUGGAUAGCGUCUGCUUUGGAUUCAUGUUAUCGGGACGAGACGCGCCCAUCCCGGAAGUCAACUCGGUGUUGGGACCUUUCAUCAAUCUAAUGCCCUGUAUGGUCAAACCUGGUCAGGAGACAAGUCUUUCAACCAUAUUCCAGGACUUGCAGGCGGAUUUUGCUGAGGUGUUAAUGAACCAAAAUUGCUCCAUUGCUGAUAUUGAAGCUUCAUUGGGAAUGAAGAAGCCUUUGUUCAACACAUUCCUUAAUAUGCAACGUGUCGCAAGACAAGCGCCGUACUCGCAAAGCAGUGUUCAAUUCCACGAGAGAAGCGGGUUAAUGACGGACGAGUAUUCGAUUUCUGUAUAUGUUGUGGAUGCGGAGGAGGGAAUUUCAAUCUCGUUCUGUUACUGGGAUUCAGUUCUCUCUUCAUUCGGUGUCGAAAAGGUUUCCAGCGCUCUGUUACAAGCACUAGAUCUUCUUUUCGAAAGCAACCCGGACGACUCGCUCUCGAAACUCUCCCUUGAUUAG